UGUUUUUUUUUUUUUUUUUUUUCACACCCUCAGCCACUUGACCCACGAGACCCGCCUCCGUCCUUUUUAACGGCUCUCACACACACACACACACAGCCAGCGGCCGUUAAAAGGGACGGAGGACACAUGUCUCCGUGUCUCCCCCUCAUGUAUCCUUCAUGCUGUUAGAGCCGCUCCGCUCGGCCCGAGCAGCUCCGGUUCACGGUGUUCAUGGACCCCGAGGCUCCGCGGCGCGCUGCUCUCUGACGGGCUCAGAGGCUCUCCCACCGCGGGGCUCGAACCUGCGACCUUUCUGUCUCUUUGCCUCCUCCGGUGCGCGCGUCAUGUCUUUUGGCACAAACACAAGAACGGGCUUCUCGGUGCGGGACAUCCUGGACCUGCCGGACCCCGCAGGGAGGUGCGGCUCCGGGACCGAGGAGGCGGAGGAGGACGACCCGGAGGAGGCCCACGCGGAGGUUCCGGGCUCCGGGAACGCGCAGAAACUGGGAUUUAGCGGCCGGAGUUUGUGCGGGCGCGGCGGGGGAAGCUACGGCAGGUGGAGCCGCGGAUCCGGGAACCUGCACUUCUCACUACACGGGAUCUCCUUAGAGUCCCGCGCGGAGCCCAAGUCCCCGGAGCUCUCCACGGACGAGUCCCCGGACGCGGCGGCGGGCGGCGCGGCGCAGAAGAGCCGCGGCAGGAAGCGGCGCGUGCUCUUCUCCAAGGCGCAGACCUUCGAGCUGGAGCGCCGCUUCCGGCAGCAGCGCUACCUGUCGGCCCCGGAGCGGGAGCACCUGGCCGGGCUGAUCCGCCUCACCCCGAACCAGGUGAAGAUCUGGUUCCAGAACCACCGCUACAAGAUGAAGCGCGCCGAGCACUGCGGCUCCGACGCGCUGCAGCUGCUGCCGGCGCGCCGCGUCGCCAUCCCGCUGCUGGUGCGGGACGGGAAGUCCUGCGAGCGGAUCACAGCGCAGGACCUGGAGGUGACGCUCCGCUCCGGCCUCGGCCUGCCUCUGUGCGCCUACUCCCCGCUGCUGCACCCGGCCUACGGCCCGGAGCACGCCGCGCUGCCGCAGCAGCAGCUGGCGCACAUGUACCACUGGAGCUGGUGAGGCGGACUUUCUCUGAGGGACAAAAACCUGAACCACCAACAAGUCCACGUUAUAAACUCAUGAUCGGCCUUAACGUAAAUGUUUAAAUUCGCUAAAAAAAAGAAAGAAAAGAAAGCCCCCUAAAAUGAUUAAAUGCCACUAUUCAAAAAGCGACAAAAUUCCAUCUUUUUUUAAUGGAGUUUGGUUUGAUUUUCUAGAAAGAAUGAGUGUUUUCAAUGCAAUUUAAUAGAUUAUUUGGAGUUUGGUUUGUGACACAAAGUAAGACGGAAUAAAACAUGUUAGGUGAGAAAAUUUAGAUUUUAAAGUUAAAGUAUU